CGUAUCAACAAAACACGGAAACAGGUCUAGUGUUUAUUUCUGCUACCAUAAGGCUUUGCGUUUCCUCUGAUCGGUACACGAUGGCUGACAAGAAAGUGGAACCUACGAAAGCCAAGAAGCCUCGUAAGGAACCAAAUGAUAAAAGCAAGAAUCCAAUGCGGGAGGUCCGCAUUCGCAAACUCUGCCUUAAUAUUUGUGUUGGCGAGUCUGGUGAUAGACUGACACGAGCUGCGAAGGUGCUAGAAUCCCUAACUGGGCAACAGCCUGUAUUUUCUAAAGCAAGAUACACUGUCAGGUCAUUUGGCAUCCGCCGUAAUGAGAAGAUUGCUGUUCACUGCACUGUUCGAGGUGCCAAGGCAGAAGAGAUUUUGGAGCGAGGGUUGAAGGUCCGAGAAUAUGAAUUGAGGAAAGACAAUUUUUCUGACACGGGCAACUUUGGAUUUGGCAUCCAAGAACACAUUGACUUGGGUAUCAAGUAUGACCCCAGUGUUGGAAUCUAUGGUCUUGAUUUCUAUGUUGUGCUGGGUCGACCAGGUUUCAAUGUGGCUUACAGGCGGCGGAAGACUGGCAUGGUUGGUUUCCAGCAUCGCCUGACCAAGGAAGAUGCUAUGAAGUGGUUCCAACAGAAGUAUGAUGGUGUCAUUUUGGCUGGCAAGAAGAGUUAACAUGAUUGAAAUUGAACAUUGAGAGUGACUGAUACAUUAUAAAUAAUAAUAACAAUUAUGAAAGUUAAA